AUGUUUCAAAUAAAUAUUAUGUUUCAGCUUUUGAAUUUAUUUCCAAUCUCGAGCUAUUCCAUGAAUAUGCUUCUCUUUAUUCCUUCUUUGCUUGCUAUCCAUCAAUCGAAGUUCAACUCCUUGCCUGACCACAGGGAUUUAAUCAUACAUUCACACCUGGUUAACACUGUCGAUCCCUACAGGGCUUUCUCCUCUCCUUUCGUUAUUAGAAGGGUGCAGUACAAUUUUCCUGAGAUUGACUAUAGUCCAGAAAGGUACCGUAGUGAUCUAAGAGUAAGACCUGGAUACGAAAGCAUGGAACCUGUUUAUUCUAACACUGCCAAAGGUACUAAUUCUUUGAAUAGCAGCCCUAGCUUAAAGGAUGUUGUAAGAGGCAAUCUAGACAAGGACGACCAUAGUGGGGGAGUAUCACUGCUCAGCGCAGUUGUAUUCCUUAUCUUGCUUGGAAUCUCAGGCAUCAUAGGAUUUUAUUUGGGCAAAGUGCAUGAAUCAAGAAACUACGUUAGGAUUCCGGCGACAAAUUAA